AUGACAAAAGUCGUGGGAGAAAUGUUUAGUCAAAGAGAAAAGGAGGAUAAUAAUUUAGAGAAAAAGAGAAUAGCCAAAGAAAAACAAGAAAUAGAAGAAAAAUUAAACAAUCAAAAAAAUCUUUUUCUUUGUGAAGGAAGAACCGACGAAAAUAAGGAAGGGGUAAAAUAUGCUAGUUUUUUAGGUAUGGAAAAUGGGCAAAAAUAUUAUCUAAUGGUGCCUGUUGACCAUCCAAUAACCAAACAAAAUGACCCUGCAAUAAAAAAAAUUUUAAAUAAUAUUUUUUGA